UCUUCCUAAUUAAAAAAUUAUAUGUAUAUAUUUGUUGAAAAAGAGAAAAAUUCCCUUCAAUAGUUUUUUGUUUUUAUUAAAUAAUAAUAAAUUUCAUUCUUUCUACAAGAUAAUUUCUUUAUUUUUCUUUCUUAUUCUUAAGAAAACAACGACGAAAUUGCAUUUUCCGUACUAAAAGAAUUCCAGAAAGCAGAAAUUAUUCCAUUUAGUUUAUUCAGUUUUUAUUAAAAAAAAUAAAAUUGAAAUGAAAUGAAAAUAGGAGAAAAAUUAACUGAGCACAAAAUCUUAUUGUCUCCGUGAUAAACGGGAAGAAAGGUCCAAACAAACAAACCCUAAUCCCAAGAGGUGGUUUCGUUUUUUCAACGCAAAACUUUACUGUUACUGUAAUUGUGAGCUAGUGAGUGUGAGUGAGUAGUACUAGUUGAAGAAAAAUAAGAGCAAGGAAGAGAUGAGACCAUGAACAAUACGACGCCGUCUCAGAUUCAGCCUCAGUCUCAAUCUCAGCAGCCACCGCCGUCUCAACCUCAACCGCCGAGAGCUGUCAGAAAGCUUAUCGUCGAAGUAAUUGAUGCUCGAGACCUUCUUCCCAAAGAUGGUCAAGGCUCCGCAAGCGCUUACGUCGUGGCCGAUUUCGAUGGCCAGAAGAGGCGGACUUCCACCAAGUUCAGAGACCUCAACCCUGUUUGGAACGAGGCCCUUGAUUUCCUUGUCUCAGACCCACAAAACAUGGAGUAUGAGGAGCUUGAGAUCGAGGUCUACAAUGAUAAGAAGUACUGCAACGCCACUGGAACAGCUCGGAAGAAUCAUUUCUUGGGUCGUGUUAAGCUCUACGGUACCCAGUUCGCGAAGCGUGGGGACGAAGGGCUGGUUUAUUUUCCUUUGGAGAAGAAGAGUGUGUUUAGUUGGAUUAGGGGAGAGAUUGGGCUGAGGAUUUAUUAUUUUGAUGAGAUGGUUGAAGAUGGACCGCCGCCUGAGUCUCAACCUCCGCCGGAUGAUAUUCCACCGGAGAAGCCUAAUAAUGUCCCCCCGACGAUGAUGGUAGUCGAGGAACCACGAAGGUAUGAGGUCCCUGUUCACAUGGAUGGGCAACCUCAUCCGUAUCCUCCUCAGGCUCAUCACCACAAUCGUCAUCCUCACGCAGUGCCCGAGGUUAUGCAUACACCGCCAGUUGUAGCGAUUGAGGAAACAGGGCCACCACCUGUGGUACAUUUACAUACAGAGCCUGGACCUGGUGCGGAGCCGGACAUGGGCGGUCGCCAGCCACACCCGCCACAGCAUCAGGAGGUUCAUUAUCCACCGCCGGAGUUAAUGAAGAUGGAAACUCGAAGACCUGUAGGCGGUGAGAGAGUCAGAAUGAGAAGACCAAAUGGAGAGUUUUCUCCGAGAGUUAUCGCCGGAAAAAUGAAAGGGGAAACGACUUCUGAGCGAAUUCAUCCCUACGAUCUCGUCGAGCCGAUGCAGUAUUUGUUUAUCCGGAUUGUGAAGGCUCGUGGGUUAGCUCCGAGUGAAGCCCCUUACGUGAAGAUCCGGACGUCAAACCAUUUAGUGAAAUCUAAGCCUGCGAUGCAUCGACAAGGAGAACCCAUCGACUCACCAGAAUGGCAUCAGGUAUUCGCCUUGGGGCAUGGAAAACCUGAAUCAGCAAGCUCAACAUUAGAGAUCUCGGUCUGGGACAUGCCGUCCAAUAACUUUCUCGGUGGUGUAUGUUUUGACCUCUCAGACGUCCCUGUUCGAGACGCACCGGACAGUCCCUUGGCUCCGCAGUGGUAUAGGCUAGAAGGCGGUGACGGAGAUCAUAAUUCUGGCAGGGUCUCUGGAGACAUACAACUCUCUGUGUGGAUAGGAACCCAAGCCGACGAUGCCUUCCCGGAGGCAUGGAGUUCGGACGCGCCGUACGUGGCACAUACGCGAUCGAAGGUUUACCAAUCGCCGAAGCUUUGGUAUUUGAGGGUAACAAUUAUGGAAGCUCAGGACCUUCACAUUGCUCCGAAUCUGCCUCCAUUGACAGCACCGGAUAUCCGUAUCAAAGCCCAGGUGGGAUUCCAGUCGGCGAAGACCAGGCGAGGGUCCAUGAACAAUCACAGCGCGUCGUUCCACUGGAAUGAGGAUCUAAUUUUCGUCGCCGGCGAGCCAUUAGAGGACUCUUUGAUCUUAAUCGUGGAAGACCGUACAGGCAAAGAAAUUGCUGUUCUCGGCCACAUCCUUGUUCCUGUGAGCUCCAUAGAGCAGCGAAUAGAUGAUCGCCACGUGGCGUCGAAAUGGUUCGGAUUGGAGCUAAGCGGAGGAGCAGGAGGCGGUGGUGGUGGGAGUGGGGGUCCAGGUGGUGGACCCUACUACGGAAGAAUCCAUUUGCGUCUUUGCUUGGAGGGUGGGUAUCACGUGUUGGACGAAGCGGCUCACGUGUGCAGUGAUUUCAGACCCACGGCCAAGCAGCUUUGGAAGCCGCCUAUUGGGAUUUUAGAGCUUGGGAUCCUUGGAGCUCGGGGACUUCUUCCGAUGAAGACCAAGAGCGGAGGAAAAGGGUCCACGGAUGCUUACUGUGUGGCCAAAUAUGGCAAGAAGUGGGUGCGCACUAGAACCAUCACCGACAAUUUCGAUCCACGUUGGAAUGAGCAGUACACGUGGCAGGUCUACGAUCCAUGUACGGUGCUAACCAUAGGCGUUUUCGACAACCGGAGAAUGUUUGCUGACGUGUCACACGAGAAACCAGACUAUCGUAUAGGGAAGGUACGUAUCCGAGUAUCCACAUUGGAAAGCAACAAAGUCUACACCAAUUCCUACCCGUUACUGGUUUUGACGAACACUGGAUUAAAAAAAAUGGGGGAAAUCGAGGUGGCUAUACGGUUUGCCUGCCCGUCUUUGUUACCCGACACGUGUGCGGCUUACGGGCAGCCUUUGCUCCCAAGACUACACUAUCUCCGCCCGCUUGGGGUGGCUCAACAAGAGGCUUUACGUGGGGCCGCGACACGAAUGGUUGCCACGUGGCUCGCGAGAUCCGAGCCACCAUUGGGGUCCGAAGUUGUUGGGUACAUGUUGGAUGCUGAUUCGCACACUUGGAGCAUGAGAAAAAGCAAAGCUAAUUGGUUUCGGAUCGUGGCUGUACUCGCUUGGCUAGUCGGGUUGGCCAAAUGGUUAGAUGAUAUACGUAGAUGGAGGAACCCGGUUACAACGGUGUUAGUUCAUGUCUUGUAUUUGGUUCUUGUUUGGUACCCGGAUUUGAUUGUCCCAACUGGGUUUCUAUAUGUGUUCUUGAUUGGAGUAUGGUACUACCGGUUCAGACCCAAAAUACCAGCCGGCAUGGAUACCCGACUCUCGCAAGCCGAAGGGGUCGACCCGGAUGAACUCGAUGAGGAAUUCGAUACGAUACCAAGUUCAAAACCGCCCGAUAUCAUCCGGGUUCGGUACGACCGGUUACGGAUAUUGGCAGCCCGAGUCCAAACUGUUUUGGGUGAUUUUGCAACACAAGGAGAACGAGUACAGGCUCUAGUUAGUUGGAGGGACCCAAGGGCCACUAAAUUGUUUAUAGGGGUGUGUCUAGCUAUAACCAUGAUACUGUAUGUGGUGCCACCCAAAAUGGUGGCCGUGGCAUUAGGAUUCUAUUACUUACGCCACCCAAUGUUUCGAGACCCAAUGCCUCCAGCUAGCUUGAACUUUUUUAGGCGCCUUCCCAGCCUUUCAGACCGAUUAAUGUAGAUCAAAAAAAUAGUAGAUAAUUAGACAUAUAUUCUCUAUAUAUAAUGCAAAAAAUUGUUGAGGCAAAAGAAAGUAACGAAAUUCAGAAAAGUGAUUCCUUAAUAAGGUUUUUUUUUAAUGGCUGAGGAGUGAAGAAAAAGGAGUGGGGGAGUGAGGGGGUUAAAGUAGAGAAAAGUGGGAAGUUGUCAUGAUGUUCUUUAUUAUUAUUAUUAUUUCAAAAAUUUUGGUGUUUGAAUUGAAUAUUAUUGAUCAUUGACUAAC